UGCACCUUGAACAAUGCCGAUGAAUACGAUGGGGAAGACCUGUCGUCAUUGUCAGUCACACCUCAGUCGGGAAUGGUACACAUGGAUGUGCCGGAGAUGAGAGAUAUCAAAAAUUUUGUUUUGCAAUUGCGACGCAACCAGGCCAUAUGGCAGGUUCAGAAUGAGAAGACGCUAAGAUGUAGCACGAGCAAGAGGCCAAGAUUGACCUUGAAAGACAUGUUCUGUAGGCUGAAAAUAUUUUGCCGAAGGUAUGGAUACGAAGAAGUUCUGUCAUUAGCCAAUGACAAUCAAGAUGAGGAAGAAACAUACACUCCAUGGGAGAUGGAGCGAAGGAUAGCAGAUGGGCUAAAUGAGCUGGAUGAAAACAAGAUCCGCUUUAAAUUUGACGAAUGGCUGUCCAAUCCCGCAUUCGAUUGGAUCAGGGAAGUCAUCGCGAGUUCCACCCCCGUGCGGGCAACCGCAACCUGA